AUGUCGAAAUCACCGAAGGAUUCAACGCGAUUCACAGCCACCGGAGUGUGGGCGCACACAAGACCUGGCGGGCGGGCAACGACGCUGCAAUUCGCAGAUCCCGCACCGAAAAAUGAAACGCCACAACAGAAAGUCAAGCGGUUAAGAGAGGCUGCGAAUAGGGCGAAGAUGGCACAGGUGACGAGGUGGGAUUACAUGUACUUGUACGGCAGAAUGGCGGCGGAUGCGGCGCAUAGAUUUACCGUCUACGGCUUGAUCUUUGCAACGGGUUGCGUAGGUGUCCUCGCAGUCUUCUCAAUAGGUGAUAUGAUCGUCUACAAUCGACGGAAACGAGCAAUCUACUUCGCCGAAGAGGAACGAGCCCAAGCCAAGAUCCUCGAACUUGCCCGUUCCGCCGUUGCAUCAGGGACCGCCACACCCGCACAAGCCGCCCUCGUUACAGGUAUCGCCGAGGAGCAAGAAGCAUUUGAGAAAAAGAAGGCAGAGCGAAAGGCUCCUUCUAAGCUGCUAUGGUGGCUGCAUGGUGACUGGAAGGAGGAACAAGCAAUCGCGGAACAGAGGAGACUGGCGGUCGAGGAGAUCAAGCGACAAGAGGGGCAAGGAAACCAAAACCUGGGCAUUGCUGCUGCGGUGCAAGAGGCCAGGGCGAACGACAGCACAUCCACAUUCACAACCUCGACGUCAUCAACACCAGUAGUCGGAGGCCCUCUAGACAAUACAGCAGAGAAGGCAGUACACAAGGUCGAGGAAACCGGCAAGGGGUGGUUUGGAUGGAUGAAGGGUGGAUCUAAGAAGGAGUAG